UGGUUACGUAAGUUUUGGGCAGCGGUCUGGCCCUGCUGAUCUUCGGGCAUCCACGUGCAUUCCCCACCAGUUUCAGCUUUUAACAACGACGAACUACGUCAUACCUACGGGAGUGCGAGGCUAGGGGUAGCAGCGAGGUAUCUAAGAACAACCCAAGUUAUCUAAGGCAGUAAUCUUGAAAUUAUUCCUGCUAAUGUACGGUCAACGAUCUUCCUCUUUCUCGCACAAUUCAAGUUGAGUUCAAGGAGUGGGGUUCAGCUCUGUAUCAGGCGUGUCUAUAUCAGUCACCUCUUCCCCGGCACACAGCUACUACUAGUAGCUAUCCUGACACAACCAGCCAUCCGUACUCUCCACCCACAAGCCCGGCCUUCAGGCUCUCACCAUGAGCUACUACUACCCCGAGGCGCGCACACGCUCGCACAAGAAGCGCCUCUACCUCAGCGACCCGCCUCAGCCCGGCAUCGUCGACGUCCGGCGCAAAAUCACAACCAUCAUCCCGGCGCCCGCUCCUCCUCCACCACCACCACCACCUCCUCCUCCUCCUCCUCCCGUGCUAGCACUACCACCAGCACCUGUGGUUGUCCAACCAGCUGCUCCUCCCCCGCCGGUCCUCCUGCCACCGCCCGCCCCUCCCAAAGUCCACAACCCCUCCGACGACGUAAUCGACGUGAUAGCAGUGGACGUCGACCCGCCCUCGCCCAGAUCCAAGAGAUCUUCCCGCUCCCGCGCCUCGCGCCGCUCCCGGUCCCGCUCCCGGUCCAGCUCGCGCUACCGCGACUGCGAUCGUGAGGUGAUUGUCGAGCGGGAGCGGCUCGUCCCCGUCCCCGUGCGCGUCCCCGUUCCAGUCCCUGUUCCGGUGCCGGCACCGGCGCCCCAGCAGCGGCCUGAGCCAGAGACGUAUCGCUACGUGGAGGGCUUGCCUGCGCGCGAGCGGGAGAUGGGGAGGGUGAGGGUCAUGGACGUCCCCGCGAGGGCGCCUAGUCCGCCUUCGCGUUCGCGUUCGCCUCUGCGGUCGGAGAGGGAGAGGGAGAGGGUUGGGGUCAGGGUACGGGUGCAGGAUAAGUGGGAAGAGGAGAGCCGGGGCGGUGGGAGGGGGUGGGGUAGGGGUUGA